AAAACAUAACUGGCUCAGAGUAGUACCAAAGCCAAUUUAACAGGAUCAAGGCCAACGACCUUUUAAAACACCUCCGAGCUCACCAAAUCACCACCCCAGGUGAUCCCCACUCUUCCAGUGCCCUCUCCCUCUCACACCUGGGAGCUCACUCACAGACACCCACACACACACCACGCUUCUCCGGUGUGAAUUUUGAGCCAUUCAUUCACUCCAUUCACGUUUUUAUCUCCUCCUUAGCCAUAAUCUCAAAUACAAUCACGAAAUUAACCGAAAAACGAUAAUUAAUCCAGACUGAACCACGCCAUUUCCGUACGCGAAGCUAAGCUACCCGAAUGGCGAUGGCGGCAACGAUUUCGUUUACUUCCUCACCGACUCCAAUCCCCGUACGCUUCUCGACGCGGGCCUCCACAACGACGUCGCAGAAGCGGGGACACGUGGUGGGCAGCAUGGGGCACUUGGCUGAGGUGGUUCGCAAGGACGUGGAGUUUCUGAAGAAGGGAAUCGGCAGAGGAGUGGAGUGGGCGAACGAGGCUCUCCACAUUCCUAGGGUUUUUAAAACCCUAGACGACGUCUUGUGGCUCCGGAGUCUCGAAGAACCCCACGCCCCUCCGUUAGAGCCUCGUCCGUGGCCUCAACCUUGCUAUCCAGAACUGUCUGGUGUGGAUUUGUUGAUGGCUGAUCUCAAAGCCUUGGAGGCGUAUGCUGGUUAUUUCUACUAUCUGUCUAAGAUUUGGUCUAAGCCACUUCCUGAAGCCUAUGACCCACAAGAUGUUGCUGACUAUUUCAGUUGCAGGCCUCACGUAGUGGCCCUUAGACUUCUUGAGGUAUUUUCCUCCUUUGCAUCUGCUGCAAUCAGAAUUCGAAGCCCUGGUAUCAGAAAGUUCUUAAGACUCAGUUCAGAUAAGGAUAUUGAUGGGAGUGUAUCACAAUACAAUUUUGGUAUGGUGUUAAAAGAGACAAUGCUAAGCCUUGGUCCUACCUUUAUCAAAGUUGGUCAGUCCCUUGCCACAAGGCCAGAUAUUAUUGGUACUGAGAUUUCCAAGGCAUUGUCUGAGCUGCAUGAUCAAAUACCUCCUUUUCCCAGGACUGUGGCUAUGAAAAUUAUUGAGGAAGAAUUAGGUUCUCCUGUGGAAUCAUUCUUUCACUACAUCUCUAAUGAACCU